AACACACUGCUACCCAAUACCAGCUCAACCGUGGUUCCAGGCUACGCAGCGCUGUGCUUGUUGGGAUUCUUGUCCGCCCCCCAGAACCCAGCUGCUAGACGGGGAAAUGCUGAGCAAAAAGGGCAAGGUCCCCUGGACGGCAGAUCUAUUGCUUUGCCCCGGCUGGAGACCAUCACGGAGCAUUCUAGACAUGAGGUGACAGGAUGUGUGUCAAGCGCGGGAAGAAAAUUGCAAAGUGACAUAAAGGAACGGGCAGGGGUUUGUGCGCAAAAAUACUAUGUAGUCUCUUGCUUCAGACGUCCACAUAAAAUGAAGGACUGUUUGUCGAGUCGUGGGUUAAUAUGGAAGCGUUAUUUCGUCUUGCCUGACAACUAUGAUCGAGAGACUCGACCUACGACAAUGUGCUUUUUUCCUUAUUGCAGCCGUUGCAGAUUACAGUAA